CCCUGGAGUCACCUCAGAGAACACUGGUUGGAUGUCAAGGACAGCAGUCCCAGCAUGGUGUACGUCAUCCUAGGAGUCUGGACGUGGAGUAUGUUCCAGUUUCCUCUCCACCUGUCAGUGUCUACCUCCAGACCUGAUGAAUACUCCGAGGGGGAUCAGGGUGUGUCUCUGCUGGCCAGACUAAGAACAGAUAUCUGGAGCAUGGUGGAGAGCCUCUUCAUCCAGGACGGACCCUUCCUGGUGGUCCGCCUCACCCUCAUCCUCUACUUCCACGUUAUACACCAGAUGCUCAUCUUCUUUGCCAUCAAGAACUUCCUGGUGGUCAUUCUGAACUUCUACCGUCUGUCUGUCAUCUACUCCGACUAYAAGGCUUCAGGUUGAUCUGAGGUUAUUGUCACGACUUCCUCCGAAGUCGGUUCCCUCUCCUUGUUCGGGCGACGUUCGGCGGUCGACGUCACCGGUCU